AUGGCUAAGAUACAUCUACAAUCGGCAGCACCAACUUCAUGCAGCAGUGCCCUGUUAUUAGCAACGCCUUUCCCGAGGGUUCUCAAUCCCCCAUUAAGCCACGGUUGUAAUCAACUAUCCACUUUCCCUAUUACGGCAUUUCAGAAUCUCUCAGGGGAUUCUCAGAACUUGUCCACUUCAGCUUCUUCUCAAGCCGUUAAUUACAACCAGUCAACUUCAAACCACACAACUUCAAGCCAGACAUCCUCAAGCCAGACAACCUCGAACCAGACAACCUCGAAACAGACAACCUCGAACCAGACAACCUCGAACCACACGACCUCGAACCACGCGACUUCGAACCAGACUACCUCGGGUUCUUCGCUCCAAGCAAAUAAUGAACAAGCAAACCAUCAACAAGCAAAUCACCAAGAAUUAAUCCCUCAGCAAAUGGGCGUCGGUUAUAGACCUUUUGUGUCAUUCGGCGAAGUCAACCGGCCUAGUACUACUGAGAAUUCUACAUCCAGUUGCCAGGCAAACAUCUUUAAUAAUAGUCAUCAUAAUCUAGCGCCGUGGAAGCCAGAGAUAAACUACAGGCCGGGCACAGAGGGACAAGUCACCCCCUACUCCAGCUUUCCUUUAAACAACUCUUGUUCAGCGCCCUCAAACAUUCAGCACAAUACCACCAAUCCUCCUCUCAACAACUCUUUGCCAGCCAUUGGCAAUACCCAACACAAUACCCCUAAUCCUCCUCUCAACAAUUCUUGGUCAGCCGUUGGCAACAUUCAACACAAUGCCCCCAAUCCUCAGAUUAACAAUUCCUGGCCAACAGUUGGCACUACCCAAUACAAUACUCCCAAUUUUCCUAUUAAAAACUCUUGGUCAACGCCCUCAAAUAUCCAGUACAAUACCUCCGAACUUCCCUUCGACAACCAUUGCCUCUCAAACACCCAAUACAAUACGUCCGGCUUUUCUUUUAACAACCCUACGCCGACCCUUUCAAACACUGGACACAAUACCUUCGAUCUUCCUGUUCAUAACCCUGCGCCAAUGCUUUCAAACACUCAAUACAAUACCUCGGAUUUCCCCUCUAACAAUCCUUGGGCAAGUUCUAACAAUACCACACAAGCUCCAUUACAGGCGCAAUGGAACUCUAAUGAUUCUGCGUGGUAUUAUCAAUAG